AUGAUAACUGUAACUGUUGUUUGGGUUUUAUCUCAAGAGAGUUUAACAGUCAAAAACAUUGCUCUAGACUCCAACGAGAUUUUCAUCAAUUUUAAUGUGUUUCCUGCUGAUUCCAGCAAUGAAUUUUACUCUCAUCUCCCGGUGUAUUUAAGUAAACUCAUGGAUGCUGCAAUUCAAUUACAUCAUCAGUGA